UUCCAGUCGCAGGAGCGCGCUGCCAGUGCGCGUGUCGUCUACGCGUAACUUCCUGUUUCGUCACUUCCCGGUUCGCCGGGACAGCUUUGGGAAAAAUCCGUAAAAUUAGACGGACAGAAAAAUGAAUUAAUUGUCGCGUUAAUGAUAGAGGCUUUUAUUUAGAUCCAUUAAUGCUUACGACGAAUAUUUGGGACGCCGGGCUUUUGUCGGGUUUCAGGCAAGGCAUUUAACGCUGUCGUCUCCAUACCUGCAGACUGGUUUCAUUUAACUUGAAUCGGUGUUUUCGCUAGAGACGGUGGUGGUUGCGGUGUGACAGUCCGCUCCGGUUAGUUAAAACAAUACGUGUCCGUUUCUCACGCUGACAUCGGUGCGGUCGUGAUGCAAUUAACACCGAGAGGCGGUUCGGUCUAUUAUAAGUGUGUAACAGGCUGCCGAUCGGCCACGAAGAGCAGGGCGAUCAUAACCAGCAUUUAGCUGUCUCCACGCUGCUUGACCAAUCGGUCCCUGGGGAUGUUUUGAGCUAGCUUGUUAGAUAGCCGCAUUGCACGUCCACCAGCGACCGACCCGGGAGAUCAGACAGCAAACUACCCGGCUUGCCGGUUUAAUCAAGGAAUACCCCGGCACCUGUGCUCGAUGCAUCGUGUUAGCCCUUCAUAUUAAUUUAGAAACAUGAAUUGUGUGGUUAAAAUGGAUGAGAGAAAUCAUUUUGUUGAUCGUGCGUUAAUUAUAGCUUUCGGAUAGUUAGCUAUGUAAUUCUGUGUCCCUUUUCGUUUUUUCUUGCUCUGUAAGAAACGUCAUACUUCAUUAGCCCUGAUUUUCAGUGCCCGACUGUUCCGAGUUUCCUAGCAGCAGUUAAUAAUGUAACGAUUAAUGUUUUUUGCAACUAUACACGUUUUAGUUUAUAUUUAGGAACUGUGAUGGAUGUGUUUAACUGGGCAGAAUUCGCUGGUUAGUUUUGGGGUAUCGUAGCUACUUCGGCAGUUUUGUGCGUGUAAUUCUUUAUCAAAGGAUCUGCGUGGAAGUCAAGAUUAUUUAUCAGUGGAAGAUGAACGGCCUGUCUGUGAGUGAGCUGUGCUGCUUGUUCUGUUGCCCCCCGUGUCCCGGCCGCAUUGCCGCCAAGCUGGCCUUCCUACCCCCAGAGCCCACUUACGCCCUCCUGCCGGAUCUGGAGACUGGUUCAGCCGUUAGUGGAGCAGCGGGAGGCUCCAGCCUCCGGUCUCGGGGCUCCGGUGGCGGCGGCGGCGGCGGCAGCAGCAGCAGCAGUAGUGGUAGCACCGUCCCUGCAGGUGGAGCGGCCAGCGGGAGUGGCAGUGCCGGCGGAGAAGGCAGAUGGAAGCUCCACCUGACGGAGCGUGCGGAGUUCCAGUAUUCCCAGCGGGAGCUCGAUGCCACCGAAGUCUUCUUGACUCGCUCCAGCCGUGGAAAUAAAAUCGGCUGCAUGUACAUCCGCUGUGCGCCGACGGCCAGGUUCACUGUCCUCUUCUCUCACGGUAACGCAGUCGAUCUCGGCCAGAUGAGCAGUUUCUACAUCGGCCUGGGCACACGCAUCAACUGCAACAUCUUCUCCUACGACUACUCGGGCUACGGCGUCAGCACGGGCAAGCCCUCCGAGAAGAACCUGUACGCCGACAUCGACGCUGCCUGGCAGGCGCUGCGCACGCGAUACGGCAUCAGUCCGGAGAACAUCAUCCUGUACGGACAGAGCAUCGGUACCGUGCCCACGGUGGAUUUGGCGUCGCGGUACGAGUGCGCCGCUGUGGUGCUGCACUCUCCCCUGACCUCGGGCAUGCGGGUCGCCUUCCCAGACACCAAAAAGACCUACUGCUUCGACGCCUUUCCCAACAUCGAGAAGGUAUCCAAGAUCACAUCGCCGGUGUUGAUCAUCCAUGGCACGGAGGACGAGGUGAUCGACUUCUCGCACGGGCUGGCCCUCUUCGAGCGCUGCCCCAAAGCUGUGGAGCCGCUGUGGGUGGAAGGCGCCGGGCACAAUGACAUCGAACUGUACAGCCAGUACCUGGAGCGACUGCGGCGUUUCAUCGGCCAGGAGCUGGCGGUGCAGCACGCCUGAACGCCCCCCCCCCACGCGCGUGUCUCUGUGUGCAGGGCAGCGUGCUUUACGGAGCCCCCCUUCCUCCGAGCUCACAGCACACACGCACCAGCCGCUCCUCAGGUGAACUGCUCACCCAAGGCUAUGUUCCCCCCCCUCCCCCUCCAUUUUUUUCCCCAGUUUCCUUAUUUUGCUUCUGAACCUUCUGCUUGUUACAAUAUGAGAUGUUGUUCAUCUUUUUACAUCACAUGACUCAGCUGGGUUUUUGACCCGAUUUAAUGCCCAUUAGAAAUACAUGUAGCAGAGAAAUGUAGAAAAAUGCCCCCCUCCCUUUCAUUUUGUAUUAUUUUACACUAUUCACUCUUGUCAGUCGGGUCUGUCAGGUGUGCGUUGCAGGUUUUUAAAGACCAACGUCUUCUCUGUAUCUCCUCAUAUCCCAUUCCUGUGUUUUGAUCCCAAGACAGUUUUCCUUGCUAACUCUGACCCGGGGUCGGCUCGUCCUACCGCCACCUCGGCUGCGACCGCCUCUCGAACCCGGGAGGAGACACGCUCAUACUGUGAAGGCACCAUGUGUCAGUGAACAGCCGGCCAGUCAGUUGCAUUCUGGGAGAUUCUCCAGUAUCGGGCCAAGGCUGCUCCGUUUGACCACUACAUUACCAACACGUACACGUGGUCCUUUUUAAACCUGUACAGUCUCAUGCCACUACGUGAUGUUAAAAGUGGGCGGCGUAUUUAUAAUGCGAGAACCACUCAUCAUUGAAAUAUUUUUAAUGCAGAAGCGAGACCGAUUUGGGGGCAGGUAUAUAGCAUGUGCGUAUUUAUGGAAAGUGUAAGUACUAGAUAUGUUUGUGUCAUGGCACAUAGCUCUCGCUGAUUGAGAUGAAGUGUUUUACUUAACGACAUUGUUCAAUAAAUAGCCUGAACUUUGUUUUUAAAGCGGAGUCAUUUAGUGGGAAUGUGUGGAAUUUGACAUCCAUGACGCACCUGCUUAAUUUCUACCUGCGUGUCACUGUCCCACCCUCCUGUGCAUCUGGCGGUGAUGUAGACACUCGGAUAAGUGGCGUGAAUCUUUCCCAAUCGCCUCUUUAGGUACAUAGGCAUUGCAAGUGCUCAGGGUUCCUGUUAGGCUACCGUAAGCAGAACUGUGAGUGUUAGCAAAGCCCCAGGCACUGGGAAUUAGGAGCCUGUAACUCAUAAGGUCCCGCAUGACUGGUGCUGAAGUCUUUUUAGUUAGCCUGACGCCAGCCAUCUUGAAAAUUGAACUACUGUUCCCUGUAUGGCCUGGCAGACUGGGAGACCGUCCACCUUGAGUUAAUGUACAAGUAUGAAUAUUCGUGUUGUAUAGUGGAGGAAUAUUAAGGUUGAAGCAAAUCGAUCAUAGUUUCACAAUUUGCGUAAAAGGUGGGGGCACCUGGUAUUUCCUCUGGUAUUUUUUUUUUAUUGGAUUCCAUCUGGAUUUUAUUUUUAAUGAUUUCUGUGUUGAUUGUUGGGCGAGGUCUAGGUCACUGUCAUGACUCAAAUAGUGGCCCUUGGUCUAUGGCCUGCAGGACUGCCGGUCGGUAUUUGAAGGGAAUUGCACUGUAUUAUACUGCAGUGCAUGUUAACACACGACCCAUAAGCAUUUGAUAGAUAUUUCAUAAAAGGGAUGCUGGACACUACCUGCUUGCUCUGACCAGACCAAACCCAUCGCAUUCACUAAUACUGUGACGUUUUGGCAGAAACAGUCAAACCUCUGAAUGCUCCUUGGAUUACAUACUUGUGUGUCUUAAUGUUUGUUUUAAGAGUGGUUUUAUCACUUUACACAGUGAAAGCACUUUUGUACGUGAAUUUUGUUUUGUAUAACUUCAUACUGGGCAAACUGACAGAACAGGUUUUGUGAAAUACCAGACUUGUGAAAAAUAUGACUUAUGCAUAUAGUAACUAGUCAGGCUGUUUUUACACUGACCAAUUCGGCUGGAUGUAAAGUGUUCGCUGAACUUGCUGCUGUUGGGGAAAAUCCCCCCACCCCAAAUGCAAUAAAAGGAGUGACCCUUUAGCACCCUCAGUAUAUUCAUUAGUAAAUCUUAGUCAAAAAAAAAAAGUGAAAGUCAGGCAGGAUUUUCCAAGUCAUGUUUUUAUAUAGAUGCAUCUUGUUGCUCCCCAGUAGCAGUGAAAGGUUGUCAGUGGUCUGCGUUGAUUGUGUGAUAUUUGGGGCGGGAGGCGGGGGGGACAACCCUGUUGUUUUGCAUGUGUGAUGAAUUGUUCAGGGUUAGCCUCCAUCUCUGUUAUGUUUUCUUUACAUUUGGGAGUUGAACACUCCAGUAUCGAGUUGGUUCCGCCGGCCAGUAAUUUUUAUUUUAAAUCCAUUUAAAACACCGACAAGUUAGUCAGGUCUCCCCUUAAGUGAAACUUGUGUGGGUACAGAGACAAGAAAUACUUGAAUAUAAACUUGUCUGAAUGGAAUCCUGAUUUGCUCGUGACUUGCGUUUUAUCACGCACACUUUCAGUCCUUCCAGAAGUUUUUGGUACAAAGUCCACUCCUGAAGUAGCACAGGGCAGGGGAUCAAACGAGGGCUUCUAACUUAGCAGGAGGUCCUGAAAGAAUUUUGAAAUAGUUUUGAGACAACAUUGUGUGCUACAGCAGGCAGCCCCAUGGAUGGAAAAAGCUUUUUACUUUCCCAAAUAGAUUAAAUACUGUAAAAGUUGUGUCUGGGUGUUGAAUCAAUACUUAAUGCAUUCAUAUAAAGCAAACUGUAAUUGAUGGGGCAGAGGUCAUGCCGUCGCAUGGCUGGUGUUUUCUUUGAUGGAACCAAAGACAGCAGGUAUCCUAACGCAAGUUAAUAACUGGCGGACUCAAGUUGUUCAACGGCAGAAGGAAUGAGCAUCAGUGUGCCAGGAAACAGGCUUUCAGCAUUAAUGUUCGGUCCUGGGCCACAGCCAGGGCACUGCCCGCCUGGGGGGGGGGGAGUGGGGGGCUGGCCAGAGAACACGCUCACUUCAAAGGGGGACACGGAGGCAGAGUGUGAGUCUGCGCACAUCUUUGUGGGGGGUAGAAGAGAUGGAUUGUUUAUUUGGGUGAAGAGGGCAGGCUUCUGGCACGAUUCCAAGGUGUGUGCAAAAUACUUUUAUGGUUUUUUAAAAAUCUCUACAUAUGGACUGUGUUGCAUUGUUUUUGGGUUACAGGACAGGUUGGGUUAGGAUGUGCUGUACUAUAUCUGUUUGCUUAAUUUAUUUUAGUCUGUUUUUCUUUUUCCAGAGAUGAUAAAAGUUUAAAAAGUAUACAUUUUAUGGUAUUACUGAGCUCACACUGGUAUGAAUUACUGAUGAAUCAGCACUGCACUGAAUUUAAGAAAACUGAGACUGGCAGGCGAAAGCACACCAUUGUGUGUCCUGAGCUAAUCGGUGAAUUCACUGUUUCACAUGAUUUCCUGUAACCUUAUUUCUGUCCGGCAACAUGGUUUGGUCCUGCAAUUCUAAAUUAGUCUAUGGAAAAUGGCAGCAUACCCACUUUGUGUUUCAUCUUCCAUACGAACAACGUCACUGCAGUCUGACACAGUGAUGUGAACGGUUUCUGAUGCUACAGUCCAGGUCUGAUCUGUAAAGGGGUUUACAUUGGGACGGGUUAAUGAAUUUAACUGUUAAGGCUGAUUCAAAUACAGUGGUGAUCUGAGCAAUAAAAUAUUUUAUCCACCUGGAAA